AUGCUACGGGCCAGUCGAAACGAGUAUGCCCCAUUGCGCCGGAUUCCCGCAAGCAGCAUCAAGCAUGCCUCAUUUGGCCUUAUUACUGCCAAAGUCCUUUGGCACUUCAGGACCCCAGACAGACAAUGGCCCCACAUGUUCUCUCCUUGUUGGAUUUUCUUGGUUCACGACGUCCCCGUCUGCAUAGUGCUCAAUUUUAAAGCCACUGCUGUCGUACCAGUAGUCAAAAAUCUGGCUACCCAGGAUAUGACGCCCCACCCCCCAGACGGCCUUCCACCCCUUCUUUGCAAGGUACUGAUGACCCAUCAGCUGCUCAUCAAAAUUGGCAACCUCGAACGAGCUGUGGUGAAGGUACGUCUUGCGGACGUUUGGGGGUGCCCGCUGGAGGAACAGGCUAUGAUGGUCGGAGAAUUCAGGCCCAAGGUCGAGGUGCAUGAAGGUCAGAACGUCGACGUGUGGGAAUUGUGGGAGAUUGAGGAUGUCCGAAUGUACGAAGUUGAAGUUUAA